AUGUCAAGCAGUGUUGUUCAAUCUAAGAUUGCUAAAUUUAGUAGGGAACGUAAGUUUGCUAUCGAAGAUUUGUUAUGUUAUUAUGGUAAGGUUAGCAUUACUGAUAAGGUUCUGAGGGCUCGAUUGAGCGAUUUCGAUUUGAAAUCUUUUACUAUACGUUUCCAUCACGUUGAGUUAGAGUCUGAUGUCGAUAAGAUCAUUGCGUUUGAGCCACCUUUAAACGAGGUUAAUGAAUUUGAUGAGCGUAUUAAUGAGAUGAUCAAGAUCGCAGCCAAGGCUAGAGGUCUGUCGGAGAUUCAAGUUACUGAAACAGUCUACCCUACCAAUUUAUUGGAAUAUGCGAUCAUUGGUGGUGUAAUGUUACCACCGUUGUGUUAUCUGUAUCGUCCCUUAUUAUAUUUUCUUCCAUUGCCAUCAAUUAUCAAGAAAACGUUAGAUAACGAUAGAUUGUUAUUUAUCAUUACAGUUUUGGCGUUUUUCACUCAUAUAAUCGAGAGUUUAGUGUUGUUGAGACCAAAAUUGAUUUAUUACCGUGUCCCAAUCGACCAUGCAAUUGAAUGGUACUUCCUCGGUCUGUUAGAAGGUUAUGCACCUGUGAAAAGAUUAGAGGCAUUGGCUCAAAAGAUCCAAAAGCAAAAAUGA